AAAAGUUGGGCCGACAGCAGCCCAUUAGUAAGCCCACCGGACUAUGAAUCCGAGGUUAUAUGGUUCAUGUAACGUUACUGUCAGUGCCGGAUUUGGACUUGGUGAGGCCCUAAGCUACAUAAAGCUUGGAGACCCCUUGUUAAAAAGUUACACCAGAAGGCCUCGCAAAAGGAUAGGACUGGAUCACUUUGGAAACUAAAAGCUUCAGAUAAAACGAUGAAGCCACAAAACGAGACUCUACUACACCUUGUUAAUUUCAUGAUCACCGUUAAAUCAUCUUUGACUCAGUCAUCUCUUUCAGACUUUACUGUGCCAGAUGUUGAUACUCGGACACCAAGAUCGUCCCUGAAAGACAGCAGUGACUUGUGUUUUACGGAGCAAUGUGAACGCACAAACUCGUCAUUCAGCGACCCCAUGCGGCUAAGAGAAGACUUAUGGAUAGUCCCACUGAUUGUAUUGUCGUCGUUUAAUACUCUUAUUAUAGCCUGCUUCGAAGCAUUUGUACUAUAUAAAGCUCACGGAACAUCGCCUAGCCGGAGACACCUGUUUUUAGGACAGAUGUUGCUUCUGGGUUUGUUUCUGAGCUCAGUGAUGGGUUUUGCCUUUGUACCAACAGCCCACUGGGUUACCUGCACAGUACUUCGGAUUGGAUUAGGGCUUGCUUACACUUUAGUGUUCGCAGCAUUAUUGGUUAAAAGUGUUUUUCUCCUAAGUCUUCACGCUGGUGUGUAUCUUCCAGCUUCUUACCAAGGUCUCUUACUCUUCUUCGUUGCUGUCGUACAGGUUGUGAUUGGCGUGCAGUGGGUUGUCCAGCGUCCUCCAGCGGUCGUUAUCAGUACAACUGAAACUCUUACCUGUAACACUAGUGUUGCCAGCAUGUUGAUGAUUCUCAUUUACCCCAUGUUUUUGAUCCUCUGUAUAACUAUACUGAGUAUUAAAGCCAAAGGAAACCGCGAGAACCACCGGGAAGCUAUGUUUAUUGGAAUUGCCAUUGGUUUCACCAUUCCCGUGUGGUUCACCUGGAUAUUGGUUGCCAUAGCAACAGAACCACGUUACCAUGACGCCGCAAUGGCGUUCGGAGUUGUUAUGAACGCCGCCAUCAUCUUCUUGGUGAUGUUCUUGCCAAAAGGACGUCAGUUAGCAGCAAUGGGACGAGAAGGUCUGUAUCCUGGAGAUCUUGAUGAGCUAUCUUCAUCUGAUAAUUCCAGCUGUACUCCAUCUUUCCUUCAUAUUAAACCGCCCUUGAUGUCACAAAACAAACAAGGCAUGAUAUUUAACCCGACCAAGCCUACAACGACAGACCGAAUUUUUUACCUACCGCCACCACUUGGGCGUGUUUGGAGGUAUAAUUAUCCUGCCAUUCCACACUUACCAGUCCCACCACCAGAGGACACUUACUUCUACCCCGGAGAGAGAAAUAAGGCAUCGUUCAACCCCAAUGUAACAUUUUGGAGGGCACCAUUUUACUGAUGUUUCAUUUGGUUAUGCGUACAGCAUCGGUAUCACCUUGUAAACAUUGCAUAGAUAGACACCGUUUAUCAUCAAUACGCAGUGUAUAUAUUGUGUUCAUAUAGCGCCAUCUAUCGAAGAAUAAUCAAAUAAAUAUUCCUGCUUGUACAAAUUAUGCAGUUUUUAAUUAUAUGGUACUGGUAAAAAAACAAAAACAAAUGUUAUAUAUGGACGAACGGUAGCAUCAUAAUGUUUAACAAGAAUUUAGUUUAAGUAUUGAAACUCAAAACUUGUUUUUUUUUCAACUUACAGAUAUACAAAAAUGGAGUGUUCUAAAGAAACGUAACUCGCUAAAGAAAGUUUUUAAUUUGAAUUUUCCCACUACAACGAAAAUUUAUUAUUUUUUUUUGUAAAUUUGCCCAUUUUCUUCCUACUAGUCCAAUCUGAAAGGAGAAAAAAAACUUAAAAUCCCAAUUUAAUAUUAUAACAGUUAACAAGAAAAACGUAGUGAAGUGUUUUAAUAUUAUUAAUUUAGAUUAAAAAGUGUUUGUUCAAAAACAAUGGCUGAAAAAAGUUGUAAUAUUAAAAGGAAACAACUGCCAUCUUUUGGUCACAUUUUGAAACAAAAAAAUGACUUUUUUUGUUGUUUUUAAUGCAAUAUUUUGUUUGGGUUCAUCACUUUAAGUUGAUACUAUUUUUCAAGUUUGUAAAAUGUACUUGAUUAAAAUCUAAAUUACAGGUUAUGGGAAUGGUUUACAAGUCGCUGUGUGUGUAUAUACCCUAUUCAAGAUUUUUGUUUUCAUGUAUGCCAUACAAAGGGGGGGGGUGGCUAUCUACUAUCAAUUUUUUUAAAAAUAUAAAGUAUUUAGCAAGAAAAAAGACCGAAAAGCUACAUGUUAUUUUUGUUGUUUUUCUGUUACUGUUUUAUGUAUAUAGACUGUAUUAAAAAAAUGUCUGCCAUUUUAAAUAGAAGACCAAGUUUGAUACUAGGAAGUCUCGUGAAUAAAAUGGUUGUUUGAUUUAAUAACAAUACAAAAUGUUGAAUGAAAAAAAAAAUUCCUGCUAUCCUCUAGCUGUGACUUGUAUAAAAUAUAGAAAGUACCCACUAUCGUGCUGUCGUAACGUUUAACAGUCCGAUAACUCGAAACAGCCCGCGUAAAUUUACUCGCGUGUGUAACUGAUUAUUUUCCAA